AUGCUGCCAAAAGAAGCAUUACUAGAAAAAUAUGAUCCGGUGCAGGUUGGAUACUUGUCGGAGCAAUGUAUAUCUGUAGAUGAAAAUGACAAUGUCGUAGGAGGAGUGGCUAAAGGUGAUGCCCACCGAGUUGAUACACUGGGUCUUCACCGAGCGUUCAGCCUUUUCGCUUUCACCCCGGAGAAGAAAUUGAUAUUGCAGAGAAGAAGCGCGGAGAAGAUCACUUUUCCACUUUUGUGGGCUAAUACUUGCUGCAGCCAUCCACUUUUUACGGAUGUAGAACUCAAUGGCGGUCCUGGUGCCGUUGCAGCAGCAGUUAGGAAGGUUGAGCACGAACUGGGUGUCACGGAUUUGAAACCAGAAGAGUGCCGUGUGAUGGGAAGGUUUCUCUACAAGGCUGUUAUGGAAAAUUCCUUAUGGGGUGAGCACGAGCUCGAUUAUGUUGUGGUUGCGCGUGAUCUGUCGCCUAGCCGUCUCACGCCAAAUCCAUCCGAAGUGAGUGAUGUUAGAAUAGUUGACAAGCAGGAGCUGGCAGAAUGGGUAUCGAGAGAACCGUCAUCGUUUUCACCAUGGUUCCUUCUUUUCUAUCGACUGCGGUAUUUGUCAGAGUGGUGGUCAAAGCUUGACCGAAUAGAAUCCUAUCCUGUUGAUAUGAACAUCGUGCGAAUGAAUUGA